AUUCGAAAGUUUCUUGCAGCGAGUGGCCCUCCCAGUUGGUGUGUGCCUGGGGCGGCGGUGCUGGAGGAGAUCUAUACGGAGCCCAGUUAUGUCUGGGAGGCGAACGCGGUCCGGAGGGGCCGUUCAGCGCUCCGGGCCAAGGGCCCCAUCUCCUACUAAGUCUGUGCGGAAGUCCCAACGGAAAUCAGGCUCUGUUCUCCGAAGCACCCCCCCUGAAAUCUGGCCGAAGACACCCAGUGCGGCUGCAAUCAGAAAGCCCAUCGUCUUGAAGAAGAUGGUGGCCCAUGCUGUAGACGUCCCAGCUGUUCACUCGCCUCGCAGGAGCCCUAGGAUUGCCUUUUUCUUGGAGAAGGAAAACAAGCCCCCUUGCAGGGAGCUGACUAAGGAGGACCUUUCCAAGAUAUACAGCGUCCCUGCCACUCCCAACACUUCUCCCGUGCUCAACCCUGAGGCUGAGUUCAGCUCCAAGGAGAGAAAGCUGGACGCCAGAGACUUGGAAAUGUUUAAGAAAGUCAGGCGUUCCUACAGCCGGCUGGAGACCCUGGGCUCUGCCUCCAACUCUACCCCAGGCCGCUGGUCCUGCUUUGGCUUCGAUGGGCAGCUGGGGGCAGAAGAUUUGUCCGGAGUCUCACCAGUGGUGUGCUCAAAAUUCACCGAGGUCCCCAGGGUCGGUGCAAAGCCCUGGGCCCCAGACACGACUCCGCCUGGAAUCUCUCCACCACCCAAGACACAGAAACCAAAGAAGAAGAUGCCAGAGAUUCUGAAAACGGAGCUGGAUGAGUGGGCUGCAGCCACGAAUGUCGAGUUUGAAGCUGCUGAGCAGUUUGAUCUCCUGGUUGAAUGAGCUGCAGUGGGGGUGUCUCUGGCCAGAUUCUCCCUCCUGUCCCUGUACAUAGCAACCUCCCUGUGGAGUGGACACUCAGGGUCCCCUCCCCUGGUCUUGUUACUUGUGUGUGUGUGUGUGUGUGCUGGUGCUGCGUGUGAGGCCUGUCCGCCUUUGAGGGCUUGGGCAGCAGCAGCAGCCAUCUUGGUUUCAGGAAAUGGGGCCGCCUGGCCCAGCCACUCGCUAGUGUCCUCUUGCCAUCCUGUCCUUCCUAUCUCCCUAAAGUAGCACAGCCAGUUUCCAGGUGGGCCGCAGACUGGGGAGGAGAAUCACUGGCCCAGUCAGAAGUUAAAGGACUGGGGGUUAUGGUGAAGGGCACCUCUGCUCUUGUUGGGAAGGUGACUUCUUAGAAACAGGCCCAGGGACUCUGCCAGCCUUGGCUUCUUCCUCCUGAGUUGCCUUCAGUUGGUGGCUUUCUUCCUGAGCCCAGCUAUGUAAUGAGGUUUUGGAUUCUGUGGGUUUCCUCUUCGAUUUUGUAGAGAAUUCGUGGGCUGAGAGCAGUUCCGUCUUGGAGGAAGAAGCUGGACAUUCAGCCUGUAGAGUCUGGGUUUUGAAGGACAUGGGGGGCCUUAUUUGGGUCUCAGACGGUAAGUGUUUACUACCAGAAGCUGUGUUUUCUAGUUCUGGUCUGCUGUUGAGAUGUUUGGUAAAUGUCAGGUUGAUAGGACGCUGGCUGCCUGGAGCACAGUGUACAUUUCAGCCUAUGGCCACCAGGUGCGGUGAGUUUCCGUGGCUCACAGCCUCUGGGCUGGUCUGCUGCACAGGGCCCAGGCUGGAGUCUUACCACUCUGCUGCAGGGGCGGAAGGUGUCCCCUCUUGUCACCACACCCAUUUCUUACAAAAUAAGUUACACAGAGUCUACUUGGCCCUAGAAGAAAACGUUGAAGAGUCCCAGCCCUACUAGCAUUGUGCGACUACGCUUGUCAAGUCCUCAGAAGCGCCAGACAGCGGCAGGGGU